AUGGCCACGCGGAAAGCCACAGCACACGGGCUGGACCAAGAGCGAUACGACGCGGAGGACACGGUGAAGAUCAUCUGCCUGGGGGACAGCGCUGUGGGCAAGUCCAAAUUGAUGGAGCGGUUUCUCCUGGAUGGAUUCCAGCCCCAGCAGCUGUCUACGUAUGCCCUGACCUUGUACAAGCACACAGCCACCGUGGACGGCAAGACUGUCCUUGUCGACUUUUGGGACACGGCUGGCCAGGAGCGCUUCCAGAGCAUGCACGCGUCCUACUACCACAAGGCCCAUGCUUGCAUCAUGGUAUUUGAUGUCCAAAGGAAAGUCACGUACAAGAACCUGAGCACCUGGUAUGCGGAGCUUCGGAAGUCCAGGCCAGAGAUCCCGUGCAUCGUGGUGGCCAAUAAAAUCGAUGCAGACAUAAAGAUGACCCAAAAAAGCUUCAAUUUUGUUCGGAAGUUCUCCCUGCCCCUGUACUUUGUCUCAGCUGCUGAUGGCACCAAUGUCGUGAAGGCCCUGACUCUGACUGCCACAUCUCUCCACAGCUCUUUUAAUGAUGCCAUCCGGUUAGCUGUGUCUUAUAAGCAGAACUCACAGGACUUCAUGGACGAGGUCCUGCAAGAGUUAGAGAAUUUCGACUUGGAGCAGGAGGAGGAAGAUGGACCCAAGCAGGAGCAGCCAGGUCCCACGAGAGCCCAUAUUCUUCCUGAGUCAGAACAUGUGGCCCCUCCAGAAGACCUCCAGCCCUGAGUCAAAAUGUCCAGGUAACACCUGUCAGUCCUCCAGACCCAUCAUCCUGGCCACUCCUUCUGUAUCCUGCAG